AUGUCUACCGCUUCUUUAGAUUCUUCUAAUGCUAAAUAUAGGGCAAAAUUUAUUCAUAAUCAUGGUCAAAAGCCAUCUCUGACUAUGAUAACUCCAAGUAGUUUAAUAGGGUCUUUAUAUAGGUUAUAUCCUUUAUUGAUCAUUACAGAUUGUGCUCUGAGUAAUUUAAUGUGGAUUUGUGACGAUUUAUGUUUACCGUUUGUAUAUCUAGUGACUUUUACCUUAGCUGUUAAUAUAUUAGAACCAAUGGACUCCAUUGGAGAUGGUAGCCUUUGGAGGCAGUGGAACUUUAAUCAGGUUAAGGAAUAUGCAGUCAACACUUGGUUUGGACUUACAAGUGUCAUGUUUCUAUUUUUUUCCUUCAUUUAUUAUGUACAAUCGGUGUAUCAUGAUAUAAGUCAUACUGAACAACCAACUUUAGAUGAUAUUAUAGUGGUGUUAGAAUCAGUUUUGGAUAAAUUAGAGACUGUAAGGAAGGAAGUACUUAUGCAUGGAUUGCAGAUUAAUGGAUGGCUAUCAUUGAUUAAGACCAUUUUAAUAAUGACACCAAUUCAAUUAAUUCUGAUGAAAUACAUUUCUGUGAAAUUGUAUACAAUUUUAAGCGUAUUGGUCUUGGGGCUAUACCAUUCUACUUGGUUUCAAGCUACUUUCAAGUUAUUUUGGAGAAUAUUACUUGUAAGGAAAUUUUAUUAUUAUUUCUAUUACAUCUUUAACAAAAAUUGCAUUUCUAAAUUUCCAAUUUUGGAUUUAUUCGAUUUAAUCAAACAUGAAGAUUUGAUAAUAUCUUUGCCUUUUACCAAGACUUUGAAAGGUUUGGAAGAUAAUAGAUUGAAGCUGUUUAUUCAAAAAUUGUACCCACAGGAUUCUUCUUUUAAAGGAUUGACUAAAGAUUGGCAGAAUAAAAAUUCAAUUAAAAUUUUAGAUGUAAAAAUUCAAGAAAAUCAACGCAAAUGGCAUCCUGAUGGUUGGACUUCAAAAUUAGUAUCUUAUGAAAGAAGUCCGUAUUCCAUCGAAAUCAAUAAUAAGAUUUAUUCUGCUUUAGCUCCUUCCGAUAUGGGGAAAUUGAUACCGGAAGGUUGGCAAUGGUUAGAUAACGAAUGGCAUUGUACAGUGUGGUCAUAUUCAAAUACAGAUUGGGAAUUUACUGGAUUAAACGAGUCUUUGGAAGGUUGUACAAGAUCAAAAAUAUGGAGCCGCAGGCUGUUCCAUUUAUGA